AUGGGUCGCAACCGCCGCACGGAACAACUGGAGACCCCCAGGGAUUCACACUUGAGCUCACAACAGGGACCAAUGGAUGGCUUCUUACAACCCCCACGUGGAACUGUUGACUGGAAUGAGAGCCCGGGCCCAGCCCCGCGGCCCCCUGCCUCGACGGUGGGCGGCGAAGCCUCUGCCCUGGAACGAAUUGGCAAUGAGCUGAGGACCAUGGCAGCUGCCAUGGCCACUAAAGCCGAUCUACUCACCACCACGAUCCAAGGUCUUGGGACCGCCGGGACAAGCACCCCCCGACAGCAGCAAGCUCCCCGCAGACGUGGAGGUGGAUCCCCGAUGGGCCGGCUGCCUCAACGACGUCGCCAGGGUCCUGGGGACCAAGCUGAGUGA